AUGAGAGUCAGCACACGAACGCCGCUGGCGCAGUUUCCGAUGACGAAGACUCUUUACCCAGUGCUCAUGAAACAACGCGGGAAAGUUAAGCCUCGACCGCAGCUCGUGAGUGAAGACCUACUAGAUAAUGUUCUCGAACGCGUAUCGCCCUACCUUCGUCGAAACCAACCGGUAGACAUUCUGGACCUUUGGCCUGGGGGUGGUCUGUUGUCAUCUAAAGUGAAUAAAUUUCUUCAACCACGUCGCCAUGUGCUUGUUGAACCAAAUCUUAACUUCCACCCUCUUCUCACUGCGAUCAUCGAGAAGAAGCCGUGUUAUAAGAUCGUCAAAGAAAGCAUAUACGGGAAAUGUGACUGGUCUGAUUUCUUCGCAGAGUAUUUACCAGAACAAGGCCCUGAAAACCGAGACAGCUCCGGGCUUAUACCAAAAAACCAUACACUCCUCGUCCUGGCCAAUCUGCCUGAAGCUGUCAGUUCGGUUGAUCAUUUCAAACCCAGCCGCUGGUUUCUGAACUUCAUGAAUAGCUGCUUAAAACAAACUGAACUGAACAUGUACGGGGCCGUGCGAGUCCUUGUCACGCUGCCCUUCAGUGAAGUCUCGAGCAUGUUACCGCGGUCCGUUACGGAGCGCACCCGAACUGGCAUGUUCGCGGAGACCAUGGGCUUGCACAACAUAGAGCUUGCUAGUCCAGCCGAAAAUGAACGCUCUGCUCAAUGGCGGGGCUUCAAAACCUUAGAAGACAAUAGGAAACGUGUGGCCGAAAGGGCUGCGGCACAUGGCAUUGCCACUCCACCCACCAGAGAGCUUCCCCCUUUGGAGGCAGUACCACAAAUUGCGCACCGCGCGAGAAAGGAAUCACCAUAUCAGCUUCGAGUGCGUACUCCUCUUCACAACAGUAUCUUUGCGGCCAUCGCGGCAGCAGAUGAAUUGGGUAUCAAGUCAGCCGUGGAAACCACAGACCCCAAAGCCAAAGAAGUAUGUCGGAAGCGAGGAAUAGCACUCACACAGCUUGCCAGAGACAAUACAUCGUAUUACCACCGGAAAAGGCUUGUCGACAUAGUACUUGAGAUUGACGAAGUGAGCCGGACAUUUGCACGUGCGGCUGCGGAUCCCAAGGAGACCGUUGAGAGGCUAAAGGCUCUGGAAGAUCAAAUGACAUCUCUCAAAUCGAGUUUUGCCACUUUGUCAUCUGGGCUUCACUUCACCGUGUGGGAAAGAUAUGAACAUUCAACCGAUGAUGCCCGGUUAACUAUAACCUCCAACAAUUUCGAUGAUGCCGUCCUGGUACAUGAUCGACGACCAUUUGAGCCCUUAUACCUCCACCCCGAUGAGAUUUACCCUCGCGAAAACCCGCUUGGAAUGAUAUAUUUCGAGGCAAACCCCAACCCGCCUCUUCUGAAAACCAUCUUUGACCCCCGGGGCGAGACGGCACCAGAAGUCCUCGACCGGUAUUUUGCACUGCUAGGCUGUGUGGGAUUCCGCGGUAAAAUGACGGUCACUGAACUUCUUCAAACCCUUUUCCCGCUAGAGGCCAUCAAUGAUCAUGUGCGAGAUAUUCCGAGCCUUACGACCUUUGCCAGAAGAGGACUCAAGGCUGGCUAUGGGCCGAUGCCCUUGCCGGAGGGUUCGACGUCGGACCCAGCUUUCACCUACCAGGAGAACGUGGACUAUGAUUUGAGUGAUGUUCGACUCCGCACUCUUUCUGCGAAAACCCUGCUUGAUAUUGCGGUCAAGUACGAGAAGAUUCCGGGGAAGCUCGGUAUCAUUGCUUUCAGCCGAGCCCUAGGCGCGGCAGUGACUCAGGCUCAGCUAGGGGAGGAUAUUGUUAAGCCGAAGAUGAGAUAG